AUGACUGACGAACGAAUAAAUUUAGCCACUACACUGGCAUUUCUCGUUGGUUUUGUUCAAUUAUCAUUGUCUUUUCUUCGACUUGGCUUUUUAACAGUCUAUCUAACUGAACCGUUUAUCAGUGGCUUCACAACAGGCGCUGCAAUGCAUGUUUUCACCAGUCAAAUUCCAUUACUAUUUGGAAUCAGAACUCCGCGAGGAAUAGGCAAAAUACUGAAAUUACCACGAUUCUAUGUGAAAAUAUUUCGUUUGUUGUAUCAUGAGAUUAAUUGGAUGUCAACAGCGAUUGGUCUUAUUUCGAUUGUUGUUUUGUACUUCGCUAAAUCUCUCAAUGAUCGUUACAAAUCUACAAUUCGAAUUGUACUUCCAUCAGAAUUAAUUUUAAUGAUUAUGUGGACGAUCGUAUCAUAUUUCACUAAACUUCAUCAAAAUUAUAGUGUUCCAGUAGUUGGAGAAAUUAAACGAGGUUUACCGACGCCCACCAUUCCAACAUUCGAAAGUUUCAAUCAGUUGAUUAUCUCGGCUGUUGUCAUUGCUGCUGUUAGUUUGUCGAUUUCAAUAUCAUUGGCAAAGAUGUUUAGUCGAAAGCAUAAUUAUAAAGUUAGUUCGAAUCAGGAGUUGUUCGCGUAUGGAAUGGCGAAUGUGAUUUCAUCGUUCUUCCAAUGUUAUCCAAGUGCGUGUCCAUUGGGUCGUUCCGUUGUUCAAGAAGGUAGUGGAGGAAAAACGAUGCUAACAGGCGGAUUUUCUUCGAUUGUUUUGGGCACAGUUAUUAUCGCAUUGGCUCCUCUUCUUCGAUCAGUACCUAUGACAUGUUUAUCAGCAAUUAUUAUUGUUAAUUUAAAAGGAUUUUUCCUUCAAAGCAGAGAUUUUCUCUUUUACUUUCGUAUCAAUUCAUUCGAAUGUGUUUUAUGGACAAUGACAUUCAUGACCGUUCUUCUAUUUGAUGUUGAUAUCGGUCUCUAUGUUGGCAUAUCAACAUCAUUUAUUAUCAAUACAGUAAGAACACAAAAACCUCGAUUCGUCACUCUUGGGCAAAUUGAAAAAACCGAAAUUUAUGAAGAUAUUCAUCGUUUUCCUUUAGCAAAAGAAUAUCCUCGAGUGAAAAUUCUUCGUUUUAACGAAUCGCUCUAUGCCUGUAAUGCACCAUUUUUCAAACGCAAGCUCUACGAAUUUAUCGGUAUUCAGGUCAUCCAAUCACCGUUGAUCGCAUAUGGCACUGAAAAGACAAACAUCAACCAUUCAAUCUAUAAAUUUGUUAUUGUGGAAUGUUCACCGUUUAAUUAUAUCGAUACAGUUGGGGUGAAACUUCUGAUUGAAAUAUACAAAGAAUUGAAAAAGCGAGGAAUUCAAUUGUAUUUGAGUGAAUGUCGAUCUGAAGUUCGACAUAUAUUAGAUGAAAUGCAAUUCUAUAAGAAAACUGAUUCUGGUUCGAUUUACCUUACGACACAUGGUGCAGUUAUGGCUGCGAAAUAUCAUUUAGAUAAUGAGGCAAUGAACAAUGAUCAAAGAAGUCCAGUUGUGGAAAAUCAAGUUUAA